GACCGAAGCUACCAAGACCGAGACGGCUGCCGCCCCGGCCCCUGCGGAAGCUCCUGCCGCCGCCGCCGCCCCCGCUACCACCGAGGCUCCGGCCGCCGAGGCGAAGAAGGAGGAGGCUGCUGCUCCGGCUCCUGCCCCGGCCGCCGAGCCCACACCGGCUCCCACCGCCGCGGCUGCUGCCCCCGAGCCCACGCCCGCCGCCGAGGCCGCCCCUGCCGUCCCUGCCGCCCCUGCGGCCGAGACAACUCCCGCCACCGCCGAAGCUGCCGCCCCUGCCGCAGCUCCUGCUGCUGCUCCUGCGACGGAGCCCACACCGGCUCCGGCUGCCGGACCCGAGGAGAAGAAGGACGAUGCGGCGGCGGCCCCCCCCGCUGCCGCGACCGCUUGAUUUCUCUUCCUCUCCUUUGCUCGCCGGGUGAUUCCAUCCGGCUGUUGAUCUCUUGACACCGUGAAAAAAUAGGUGGGGGCGAGUGACGACGCCGUGGAUGGGCCCCCUCCCAUCUUUUCUUUUCCUGCGAGGGUUUUUUUUCUAUUUUUUUCCGAGUUUCCGCGCGGCAAGAUGCGCUGCAGCAUUGGGGAACGGGAAUGAGCGGUGAUAACCAAGGUAUACCACACACAACCGGUUCUUGGUGCUAUUGGGGAAGAAGGGGGGGGGGGUGGCGCUACCCGGUGGGUGACGGUAGGGAUGGGAGGUGAUGGUACUGGUGCUUGUCUUGGUCUUUUAUUCUGCGGGAGCUUGGCGUGGCUUUGAAAUAUAUCCCGAACCUGAAUCGAUACCCACCGUUAAUAAUG